CCGAGACUUCCAAGCUUCGGCCGCUGAGCGAGAGGGAGAGAGUGAGAAAGAUUCAGCCUUUAUAUAGCGCAAGGCCUCGUCUUCUUGCCAGCACUGAUCUCUAGGGUCACGAGAAUCGCUGUUGCAUCUCGAUUUGAGGUUGUGAUUGGAGGUUGAGGUUGGUGGUGAAGCAAUGGCGCUUUCUUCGCGUGUGAGCUCUUACCGAGUUCAUGGAUUUGAGGUGAUGGGUUCUGGAGUGGAUGUUCGCAGGAGUAGCUUGAGAGGGAUGGAGAAAUCUGUGAGUUUGGCUGUGAAUGGUUGGAGUUUGGAGAGAAGAAUGAGAGCGUUGCAAUUGGGUGUUGGUGGGUUUGGAAGGGGGAAUCGUGUGGUGGUCGCUGCGAGCCCGCCUACGGAGGAUGCUGCCGUGAUGACAGAACCGUUGACAAAGGAGGAUCUUGUCGGGUACCUUGCUUCUGGGUGCAAGGCGAAGGAAAAAUGGAGGAUAGGUACUGAACAUGAGAAGUUUGGUUUCGAAGUUGGGACUUUACGGCCUAUAAAAUAUGAGCAGAUUGCCGAGUUACUGAAUGGCCUGGCAGAGAGAUUUGACUGGGAUAAAAUAAUUGAAAACGAUUAUGUAAUUGGGCUCAAGCAGGGAAAGCAAAGCAUCUCACUGGAGCCUGGUGGUCAAUUUGAGCUUAGUGGAGCACCCCUUGAAACAUUGCAUCAAACUUGUGCAGAAGUCAACUCACAUCUUUAUCAGGUAAAAGCUGUGGCUGAGGAUAUGGGCAUUGGAUUUUUGGGGAUUGGUUUCCAGCCAAAAUGGGCACUGAAGGACAUUCCUAUAAUGCCGAAAGGAAGGUAUGAGAUAAUGAGAAACUACAUGCCAAAAGUUGGUUCCCUUGGACUUGAUAUGAUGUUCCGGACUUGUACUGUUCAGGUUAAUCUUGACUUCAGUUCUGAGGCUGAUAUGAUCAGGAAGUUUCGUGCUGGCCUUGCCUUGCAACCUAUAGCUACGGCGAUUUUUGCAAAUUCACCUUUUACUGAAGGAAAGCCUAAUGGAUAUCUUAGUAUGAGAAGCCAUAUAUGGACUGACACUGAUAAUAACCGGGCAGGCAUGCUUCCUUUUGUUUUUGAUGACUCUUUCGGAUUUGAGAGAUAUGUGGAUUAUGCACUAGAUGUUCCAAUGUACUUUGUGUAUCGUAAUAAGAAGUAUAUUGAUUGCACUGGAAUGUCCUUCCGGGAUUUUAUGGCAGGAAAACUUGCACCAGUUCCUGGAGAAUUACCCACACUAAAUGAUUGGGAGAAUCAUCUAACGACAAUCUUCCCUGAGGUCAGACUGAAAAGGUACUUGGAAAUGAGAGGUGCAGAUGGAGGUCCUUGGAGGAGAUUAUGUGCUCUGCCAGCAUUUUGGGUGGGCUUGUUAUAUGAUGAGGUCUCACUACAAAAUAUUCUAGAUUUGACUGCUGACUGGACAAAUGAAGAAAGAGAAAUGCUAAGAAGAAAGGUACCAGUUACUGGCUUGAAGACACCAUUUCGAGAUGGUUUGCUGAGACAUGUUGCAGAAGACGUGUUGCAAUUUGCAAAGGAUGGGCUGGAAAGAAGGGGGUACAAAGAAGCUGGCUUUCUAAAAGAAGUGACCAGUGUGGUUUCAACAGGGGUGACACCAGCAGAGAACCUCUUGGAGUUGUACCAUGGGAAGUGGGGACAAAAUGUCGAUCCCGUCUUUGAGGAGUUGUUGUAUUAGCAAAUUUUCAAUGUUUUAUAUGCAUUUCUUUGCAUGAGCCCCCCUUGUUCUUCAUCGGGGUGAAAAUAUUAAUUUGUCUUCCUAGAAUAAAUCUAUGUACAAUCCAUCUUACCAGAGUUGCUGGGUGUUUGCAACGCUCGUCGGUUGGAAAAUUUAUAACUUUCACCCUAGUAUUUCUAUAUUUUCCUUACCAUCAAGUAUCAACA